ACUUCUUGCAAAUAUGCUCUGAACCGGCCAAGAAAAUGAGUACCAAAGCCAUGUGAAAAUCGACCUUAAAUGCAUCGAACACUUCCAUGUUCAAUCACGAAAAAAUUCAGGGCCUUAAAAACUGUCCAAAAACUAUGCACCACAAGCCAUUGCAUUCACACAAACACAGAGAAAGCAGAAGACGCUUUAGCUUCUAAACUUGCACAAGUAUUAAAAUCUUGCAAUCCCUCUUGCCCUGGCCACUCUAAUCCUUCCAUUAUCCAAAAGGGUCAGCAAAUCCAUGCCCAAAUCACUGUCAAUGGACUUAAUAGCUUGGGUUUAUUGGGAACAAGGGUUUUGGGAAUUUACAUACUUUGUGGGAAGUUUUUUGAUGCCAAGAACUUAUUUUUUCAGCUUGAGUUGUACUAUGCCUCCCCUUGGAAUUGGAUGAUUAGGGGAUUUACUUUGGUGGGUUGGUUUGAUUUUGCAUUAAUGUUUUACUAUAAGAUGUUGGGUUUUGGUACUUGUCCUGAUAAGUACACUUUUCCUUAUGUAAUCAAGGCUUGUUGUGGUUUGCAAUCAUUGAGAUUAGGUAGAUUAAUACAUGGGUCGAUUAGAGAUUUGGGUUUUGAGUUGGAUGUGUUUGUGGGUAGUGCUUUGAUUAAAUUGUAUGCGGAGAAUGGUUGUAUAGAUGAAGCGCGACGUCUGUUUGAUAAAAUGCCUGAAAAGGAUAGUGUUUUGUGGAAUGUAAUGCUUAAUGCUUAUGCGCAAGACAGGAACUUGGUGGAUGAUGUGAUUGGGUUGUAUAGAGAAAUGAGGAUGACUGAAACUAAGCCUAAUUCAAUUAGUUAUGCUUGUAUUCUUUCAGUUUGUGGUUCGGAACAGAUGGUUUAUUUUGGUGCUCAAGUGCAUGGUAAUGUUGUCAGAUGUGGGUUGGAGAUGGAAUCUUCGGUUGCUAACACUUUGAUUGCUAUGUAUGCAAAAUGCCAAUGCUUGUCUGAUGCGCGAAAGUUAUUUGAUUUGAUAACGCAGGCUGAUUUUGUAACUUGGAAUGCAAUGAUUGGGGGCUACGUCCAAAGUGGGCAUAUGCCUGAAGCUUUAGAUUUGUUUUGCCAAAUGUUAUCUGUGGGUGCUAGACCAGACUCAACCACAUUUACAAGUAUACUUUCAUUGUUUUCUGACUUUCAGUCCCUGAAUCAAGCCAAGGAAAUUCAUGGUUACAUAUUAAGAAACAAUGUCAAUAUGGAUGUGUUCUUGAAGAAUGCACUUAUUGAUAUUUACUUUAAGUGCAGGGCUGUGAAGAUGGCAUCUAAAAUCUUCAACUCUUGCCCUGCUGUAGAUAUCGUCAUUUGCACUGCUAUGAUUUCGGGGUUUGUGCUCAAUGGAAUGGAUUUUAAAGCCUUGGAAAUGUUUAGAUGGGUGCUGGAUAAGAAAAUGAGGCCCAAUGCAGUAACUCUAGCAAGUCUCUUACCAGCUUGUGCUGGUUUGGCUGCUCUGAAAUUGGGUAGGGAGUUGCAUGGUAGUAUUCUCAGAAAUGGGUUUGAAGACAGGUGUUUUGUAGGAAGUUCAAUUUCAGAUAUGUAUGCAAAAUGUGGAAGGUUGGACCUAGCACGUCUAGCUUUCUUCAGAAUUUCCAAAAAAGACACUGUUUCUUGGAACUCGAUGAUUACUAGCUGUUGCCAGAAUGCAAAGCCAGAGGAAGCAAUUGAUCUUUUCUAUCAGAUGUGUUUAGAAGGAGCCAAGCAUGACUCUGUUAGCUUAUCUGCAGCUCUUUGUGCAUGUGCUAACUUACAAGCACUGUGUUAUGGCAAAGUAAUACAUGGAUUCAUGAUUCGAGGAGCAUUUAGCUCAGAUCUUUUUGCUGAGAGCGCUUUGAUAGACAUGUAUGCUAAAUGUGGACACUUGGAAUUAGCAAGUACUGUUUUUGACAUGAUGGAGUGCAAGAAUGAAGUUUCUUGGAAUAGCAUAAUUGCUGCUUAUGGGAACCAUGGACACCUUGAGGAUGCUUUGGCUUUACUGAAUGAAAUGAGGGAGGAUGGAUUCCAGCCUGACCAUGUCACUUUCCUCGCCAUAAUAUCUGCUUGUAGCCAUACUGGCCAAGUUGAGGAGGGCAAGCAACUUUUUGAAUUCAUGACCCAAGAAUUGGGAAUUACAGCUCGAAUGGAACACUAUGCAUGCUUAAUAGAUUUGUUUGGCCGAGCAGGUCGCCUUGAAGAAGCACAUCAAGUGGUUAGGACCAUGCCAUUUACUGCAGAUGCGGGCAUUUGGGGCACGCUACUCGGAGCCUGCCGUAUCCAUGGCAACGUUGAACUAGCUGAGUUGGCUUCAAAUCAUCUUUUUGACUUGGACCCGCAAAAUUCUGGAUACUAUAUGCUCCUAUCACAUGUGCAUGCUGACACUGGAAAGUGGGAAGGUGUUAACAAAGUAAGAAAUAUGAUGAAGGAAAGAGGAGUGCAGAAAGUUCCUGGUUACAGCUGGCUUGAGGUGAAUCAGAGCGUCCAUAUGUUUGUUGCUGCAGACACAGAUCAUCCUCAGUCAUCUGAGAUCUAUCUGCUAUUGAGACAUCUUCUUCGGGAGCUGCACAAAGAAGGAUAUGUUCCUCAGUAUUACCAUCCAAUGCAUCGUGGCAAAUUCACAAACUCAUGCCACUCAUCACCUACAAAAGCUGUUCAAUUUUGAUCAAGGUGCUCUGUCAAUUAAGAGUAGAUAUGAUUCUCUUGCACCUUGUAAGUAUAGGCAUUACAUACUUUUCUUCUUUUCUGGAUCGUUCAUACUUCAGCCUUUGAGGGAUGGAAUGGAGUACCCUGACAUGGUUCUGAAUUUCAAUUGAAACAAAAUGACAAAUGUAUACCAAUGACACUUCUGCAUUAAUGCAGCUCUGUAAUAAAUGUUUAUAGUUAGGUUGUCAAGCAAUAAUGAGUCAUACUGCUGUUCUUAAUAAUAGU